GUCCACCGCCGGCACCAAAGGCAGCAGCACGCCGGCAAGUAAUUCGCCGCCUUCCGAAUCCACCUUCUCCGUGAGCGGCUUAACAGAUCAGUUACACACGUUCAUCUCUCAGGCAUCUCCUGGCUAUCUUAUAAUGGGGGCUGAGGAUCAUAAAGCUUGCAUCACACGUUUCUUCAAGAUAAUCCUUAGCUGGGAUUACUAUCUCCUUAAAUACUCCAAAGAAACGAGCUGCGACCAAAAUGACGAGGGGAAAGCUACAGGCCUUAGAAAAGUGAAGCAAACUUACAAUGACGUUGACGACUAUAUUUCUACUUUUGAGCCUCUUAUAUUUGAAGAAGCUAAAGCUCAGAUUACUAGAGAUAAAAGUGAUGAUGACGAUGAAGGAGAAACAGGUUGGAUGCUUGGAAUGAUAAUGGAAACAGCUGAACUCGACGGGUUUCACUUGCCAAUGAUGUUGUGUGAGGAAUCAAUAAAACAAAAUGAUCUAUUGGUGAUUUCAAAACAAAAGUUUGAAGUGGGUAAAAAACCCAAAAGUUAUGCAUUUGCAUUUGUUGAGCAUCGUCAACAAGAGAAAAUAAAACUUAGAAUGCACUUGAAUGGGGAGUACAAGGAGUUGAAUACAGACAAGGUUGUGAAAUGUUCAAGGCUUAUGAGUAUGCGACCUCUAAUCAGGAAAGAAAACCAACUGUAUGUUCUCAAGGUAUGCAGUUUAUCAACUAUUGUCCGGGAAUAUGUUGCUCUGUGGUCUAUUAGCUCUCUUCCAUUUAAGGAUUUAAUUUUAUCUGCCACUGAAAGCAAUUCAAAUAAAGGCGAUCGAGCAUGGAAAAUUUCAGAACCUCUUAAGGAAUUCAUUGAGACAAAUCACAAUAAAUCUCAGCUUGAAGCUAUUAAUGCGGGUCUUUCACGCAACACCUUUGUGUUAAUACAGGGUCCACCAGGAACGGGGAAAACACAAACUAUCCUUGGGCUUCUUAGUGCAAUUUUGCAUGCAACACCAGCUAAAAUAUUUACAGGCAGGAGGGAAUUUAAUACUUCAAAAUGCAGACCAGAGUUAUCCUUUAAGGACAAGUACAGUCAUUGGCUCAAAGCAUCUCCAUGGUUAACUGGACUAAAUCCUCGUGAACAAGAGAUGCCUAGGGAUGGCGAUGACGGCUUUUUUCCUACACCUGGGAAUGAAUUGAGACCAGAAGUAGUCAAUUCCACUCGAAAGUAUCGCGUUCGCGUUCUUAUUUGUGCUCCAUCAAAUCCUGCUCUUGAUGAGAUUGUUCUGCGUGUUCUAAAUACUGGUAUUAGAGAUGAAAAUGACCGUGUGUACAAUCCAAAAAUUGUACGGAUUGGUCUGAAGGCUCACCAUUCUGUCGAGUCAGUCUCCAUGGAUAAGCUAAUGGAUCAUACUGGUGGUAAAGAAAACCAAGGGGAAACAAGGGAUAGAGAUAGUAUUCGUGCUUCUAUUUUGAGUGAAGCUGUAAUUGUCUUUUCUACUCUAAGCUUCAGUGGUUCACCUGUCUUUAGUAAAUUGAAUCAUGGUUUUGAUGUUGUCAUAAUUGAUGAAGCUGCUCAAGCUGUAGAACCAUCAACUCUAAUUCCAUUGUCCAAUGGAUGCAAACAAGUAUUUCUUGUUGGUGAUCCAGUUCAAUUGCCAGCAACAGUAACCUCUGAUGUUGCUAAGAAGUUUGGAUAUGAGACAAGCUUGUUUAAAAGACUACAGAUGGCUGGUUAUCCCGUCCAGAUGCUGAAGACACAGUAUCGCAUGCAUCCAGAGAUUAGGAGCUUUCCUUCAAGAGAAUUUUAUGACGAUGCAUUAGAAGAUGGAGCUGAUAUUGAAGUGCAAACAAAGCGUGCAUGGCAUAAAUAUCGCUGCUUUGGACCCUUCUGUUUCUUUGACAUACACGAGGGCAAAGAAUCUAAGUCCACGGGAAGUGGCUCUUCGAUGAACGUUGAUGAGGUGGAGUUUGUACUUGUCAUAUAUCGUAAAUUGGUGGCUAGAUAUCAGGAGCUUAAGUCAAGUUCCAAGUUUGCAAUUAUAUCCCCAUAUAGAUCUCAAGUGAAUCUAAUAAAACAAAAGUUUAAGGAAAUGUUUGGCGUGGAUUCAGAACAUUUUGUCGAUGUGAAUUCAGUUGAUGGAUUCCAGGGGCGUGAAAAAGAUGUUGUUAUCUUCUCAUGUGUCCGAGCAAGCGAAAGUGGAGGUAUUGGAUUUGUGCAGGAUUUCCGGCGUAUGAACGUUGCUCUCACUAGAGCUCGGUCCUCAGUCCUGGUUGUAGGCUCUGCAUCAACAUUAAGGAGAGACAAACAUUGGGGAAACCUGAUUACAAGCGCGGAGGAGAGAAAUGCACUUUUCAAGGUCUCCAAGCCCUACGACAACCUUUUCACUGACGAGGAGAUGGACUCAAAAUGGGCAACAGAAGAAGCACAAAAAAUGAUGCGCGACGCGCAAGCGAGCAAUAUGGAUACAGAUGUGGCUGAUGCAGUCGUUGAUGAUGGCGGUGAUGAUGUACCCGAUAUGGAUGAGGGCGGCGGCGGCGGCUACGAUGAGGAUAUGGACGGCGGCUUCGACGAGGACUAAAAAGGGCGUCAAAAAAAGUUGGGGCUCUCAAAGGAAGGUGUUCGUGGUUAUCCACCAGAGUUAUUGCUAGACAAAAAUUUUGACCAAGUUAGUGUUUAAUAUUUACUUCCAUAUUUUUGGCUAUUUUUUGGCACAAAAAAAAUGUAGGCAUAUUUUUGUUCUUUAGCUUAUCAGUUUUGGUUUAAAUUCGCGAUUAUAUGUAAAAAUUUGUGUAUUAGUUACAAGUACUUCGUAUUAUAGUACUCUUUCCGUCCUCGAGUGUUUGUCCAUUUUUUUUUUGUCAGAAUUAGUAAACUUUAACCUCAAGUUAAAUAAAAAUGAUAUUAGAUAUUGAUAUAAAGUAGUUUUAUUAGAUUUAGGGGCUGUUUGUUUCAGCCUCUUAAUGGUUCAGAUGUCUGAAUGGUUCAGCACUUAAUGAUUCAGACUGUUUGUUUCAGCCUCUUAAUGGUUCAGAUGUCUGAAUGGUUAAGAGAUUUGCCUCUGAAUGGUUAAGUAUUAUACAGAGUCUGAAUGGUUAAGACCUCUUAUCUGAAUUGAUCAGACAUUUGCCUCUGAAUAGUUAAGCAAUAUACUAGCUCUUAGUGG